AUGACAUCUCAUUGUCUAUAUGUCAAAUUGUUCUCAGGAGCUGAAGCAAACUAUGACACCCACAAUAAAGAGCUUCUGGCAAUCAUCAAGGCAUUGGAGGAGUGGUGUAUCUUCCUAAAAGCAACAGAUGAGCCUAUCCAGGAACCAGAAAUCAUAUUGCCACCUGAGAUCUUUGCCAAUAUGGGUACAUCAGAGGAAGAACUGGCAGUCACUGAGGAAAUCCAAGUGACCCUUAGGGAAGACCCAUCACUAGAACCUAUUGUUUGGUUCCUCACAGAAGAUGCAGAUAAUGCCCCCCUGAAAACAGUAGUCCCUGCCUCAGAGACCCUGAAGGAACACCUCCUGAGGGAAUUCCAUGACUCCCCCCUUGUAGGUCACCUGGGCCAGCAAAGAACCCUGGAACUAUUAAGCCAUAACUACUGGUGGCCUGGGAUGAAAUCAUCAGCCAAGGAGUGGUUGGAAUGCUGCCCAACCUGCCAGGCAAAUCAAAAGGCCUACUCUGGAACCAUAUCCCUAAAACCCCUAGAAGUACCUCCAUAUCUGUUCCACACAAUAUCCUACAACUUUAUAACAGGCUUCCCCAAAUCACAAGGAUUCAAUGCAAUACUUGUGGUGAUUGACUCCUUUUCCAAAAUGGGACACUUCAUCCCAACUCCCAAGAAGGUCACAGUGAAAGGAUUAGCAGAAAUCUUUGUCAACAAUAUCUGGAAGGUUCACAGAUUGCCAAUUAAAACAGUAUCAGAUAUAGGGAUGACCUUCACUGGAAAAUUCCUCAAGGCCCUAUACAAAUGGUUGGGAAGCAAACCAAGGUUCUCCUCAGCUUAUCACCCCAAAUCAGAUGGUCAGACCAAACAGGUAAAUCAAUUCAUAGAGUUCUACCUUAGGUCCUAUGUAAUGGCAGAUCACAGCAAUUGGGCAAAAUGGCUCCCCUUGUCAGAAUUUGCUUACAACAAUUCCAAACACUCUGCCACAGAAAAAACUCCCUUCAAGCUAGUCUUUGGCAGAACACCAGCCAUGAACCCCUCAAACAUUCCUGUAAGCAUCCCAGAAGCAGACAACAUAGCAAAUUGCCUGUUGCAAGAACAGAAGGAGGCCAAAGCAGCCCUUGGGCUAUCUAAGGAAAAAAUGGCAGGGAACAAAGGAACCAUUCUGGGAUACUCAAUAGGCAAAAAAGUCUGGCUGGACAGAAAAAACAUCUAA